UGAGAAUCGAGAACUAAACACCUGUUUGUUUAGGUAGCUUCCAUGUGUAUAUGCGAAAACAUACUACAUACAUAGUACAUUAAUAAGAGGAAAUUUCCUGCAUGAGUCAGGCUUACCAUGUUAGGCAUGAUUCUCCCUACUCAUCAACCCCCACAGGGUAUCCUACUACGGAUCCAUAUCCUCCUCCACCAGCCGGACAAGGGUAUCAAGGAUACUUCCACGGAAUAGGAGGAGUAGGAGGCUUUCCUCCACCACCAUCUGCACCGCCACCGCCUCCGCCUCUUCGGCCUUAUAACCAAUACCCGGACAACUAUGGUAGUCGUUGUCCAUCUCUUCUCAGAACCUGUUUGGCUGCUCUUUGUUGCUGUUGCAUUUUGGAAGAAUGGUGCAUAUAGAGUAGACACAGUUGGAACCAAUGCAAGUGAAUAUUCAGACACAGAUUCUCAAAUAUUUAUAAAUAUAAAUGAAAAAUAACGUGAUAAUAAGAAUAUAUAUAUGGAUCGGAUCAUAUAAAUAAAGUUAUGUAUGUUAUACUUUUCAUGAGUGAAUGCAAUUAAACUAUACGUCUACAUUAA